AUGACCACCACAUUUCUGCAAACUUCUUCCUCCACCUUUGGUGGAGGCUCUAACAGAGCGGGUUCCCUCCGGGCUGGGGGAGGCGGCUUUGGUGGUGGGAGUCUCUAUGGGGGAGGUGGAAGCCGCAGUAUCUCAGCUUCUUCUGCUAGGUUUGUCUCUUCGGGGUCAGGAGGGGUUUAUGGGGGUGGCAUGAGCUGUGGCUUUGGUGGAGGGGCUGGUAGUGGUUUUGGUGGAGGCUUCGGGGGUGGGGUUGGUGGGGGUUUUGGCGGUAGCUUUGGUGGGGGUUUUGGUGGUGGCGAUGGCGGUCUCCUCUCUGGCAAUGAGAAGGUCACCAUGCAGAACCUCAACGACCGCCUGGCCUCCUACCUGGACAAGGUGCGCGCCCUGGAAGAGGCCAACACGGAGCUGGAGGUGAAGAUCCGCGACUGGUACCAGAAGCAGGCCCCGACCAGCCCCGAGCGCGACUACAGCCACUACUUCAAGACCAUGGAAGAGCUCCGGGACAAGAUCCUUGCGGCCACCAUCGACAACUCCCGUGUCAUCCUGGAGAUCGACAACGCCAGGCUGGCUGCAGACGACUUCAGGCUCAAGUAUGAGAAUGAGCUGGCCCUGCGCCAGAGCGUGGAGGCCGACAUCAACGGCCUGCGCCGGGUGCUGGAUGAGCUGACCCUGGCCAGGACCGACCUGGAGAUGCAGAUUGAGGGCCUGAACGAGGAGCUGGCCUACAUGAAGAAGAACCAUGAGGAGGAGAUGAAGGAGUUCGGCAGCCAGCUGGCCGGCCAGGUCAACGUGGAGAUGGACGCAGCGCCAGGUGUGGACCUGACCCGCGCGCUGGCAGAGAUGAGGGAGCAGUACGAGGCCAUGGCAGAGAAGAACCGCCGGGAAGCGGAGGCCUGGUUCUUCAGCAAGACCGAGGAGCUGAACAAGGAGGUGGCCUCCAAUACGGAAAUGAUCCAGACCAGCAAGACGGAGAUCACAGACCUGAGACGCACCCUGCAGGGGCUGGAGAUCGAGCUGCAGUCCCAGCUCAGCAUGAAAGCCGGGCUGGAGAACUCACUGGCGGAGACAGAGUGCCGCUACGCCACGCAGCUGCAGCAGAUCCAGGGGCUCAUCGGCGGCCUGGAGGCCCAGCUGAGCGAGCUCCGAUGCGACAUGGAGGCUCAGAACCAGGAGUACAAGGUGCUGCUGGACAUCAAGACGCGGCUGGAGCAGGAGAUUGCCACCUACCGCAGCCUGCUGGAGGGCCAGGACACCAAGAUGGCUGGCAUUGGCAUCCGGGCAGCUGCUUUGGGAAGUGGCGGCGGCAGCAGCAGUGGCAAUUUGCACAUCAAAAUAGAGGAGUCGGUGGAUGAAAAGAAGUUUUCUUCCCGCUAG